AUGGAUGCUCUUCUUUCUGGGGAGCAGCUCAUCUAUGUUAUCACUGUACCACUGUCAACCUCCAUCAUCCUGACUAACCUCAUCAUCAUUCUUGGCAUCGCCUGGAACCGCCAGCUUCACAACACGCCCAACUACUUCUUCCUCAGCAUGCUGGUGGCUGAUUUGUGCACAGGUGUGGCCCUGCCUUUCAUUCCAUUAAUGGGCUUGAACCGGCAGCUAAGUUUUAGCUCCUGCUUGGUGGCUCAUGUUUUCCCAAACUUCCUGUUUUUGGCUUUCCUGUUUAACCUGGUGAUGGUCCACUAUGAACGCUACAUUUGCAUUGUUGACCCCCUGCAUUACAAUAACCUAUGGAUGCAUCGCCGCUUCCCUCUGACCCUGCUUGUGGUGUGGGUGCCACCGCUUCUGUAUGCAUGUCUACCUGCUUUUGGGUGGAAUAAUUGGACUGGGCCAGACUGGAACAGCUGCUGUUGUUCAUGUAGCCAAAGGUUAACACCACUUUCAAACUGUUCAACUAAUGGAACCACCUGCUGCUCAUACAGACGAGUAUUCCCCAAUGCUUUCAUCUACCUGGAGGUGUAUGGACUCGUCUUGCCUGCUAUUCUUACCAUCGCUGGCAUGACUGGCCAUGUUUUGUGUAUCACCAGAGGCCAGCUGAAGGACAUUUGUCGUCUCCAUCGUUCGGUGGAGCGGGGAAGUCAGGCCUCUGACCGAGAGCAGAGGCUGAACCUGCGGUACACUCGCUGUGUGGUAGCUGUGUCUCUGACUUUUCUAGCCUGCUGGGUCCCCUACCUCAUUUACAUGCAUGUCUCCGUAGCAUUCUUGAUCAGUGACACCAAGUGGAGCUCCACCACCCUCAUUGUGCUGUCCUGCACUGGUAUUGGAAGCAUGGCUGUGGUGCCACUGGUGCUCGGCCUAGCAAACAGGCAGUAUACAGAACUUGCAUGCAAACUUAUCCAGAAAUAG